GUCUUUGUCUUCAUCUCAAAGCGUAUUUUACUUGCAAUAUUUUCAUUUCGUAUUUGUUUCGAUAGGAGCACAUCUAAACAUCUUGAGUAAGAUGUUUUGAGCACAAAAGUAUAACUUUUGAGAGUGGGAGAUGGAGACGAGUGCCGAGUCUGGCAGCAUGUCGCCGGCGCGCGUGAAGCUGGAGCCCGAGACGGACCAGUCGGAAAUGGCCCCUGUGAAGGAAGAAGCUGUAUUCUUGGAUGAAGAGGAGCGCGUGAAGGAGGAGUGGUCGGACAGCCCGGCCGUGCUCGGCGUGAGCGAGGCAGCCAUGCUGGCCGACUUGUACAUCGAGCACGAGGUGAAGGACGAGCUCGUGCUGGGGCCGGAGCGCCCGCACCGCCCCGUAGUCGCCCCGGCCGCGCUAUAUAAUCGUGUCGCAGCGUCCGCUCUCGUCUCCCCUGCUGCGGUGUCGGGUGUGCGCCGCUCGUGCUCGGUCAGGCUGGAGCGCCUGCUGGUGGACGCGGCGCGGCGCACCUGCCGGGUCGCGCGCCGCACGUACAAGCUGCGCGCCGCCGAGCCCGCACACACACCCAGCGCCAACGCCACCGGCUACCAGUGUCACCAUUGCGGAAAACGGUUCACGAACAAGUCGGUUUUAAAGAAACACGUACACACUCACUCACCUUUUCAUAAUUCUACCGUAGGCUAUGAUGGUAUAGAACGACACAGCAGCAAAAAACGGUGUAAAAAGGCUAACAUGAUUAUAUACACCAGUGAAAAGUCUUUCGGGUGUAAUCAAUGUAGUUACAAGAGUAAUUCUAAAUCAACGUUACAAACUCAUCUGAUGACUCACACUGGCGACAAACCCUUCAGUUGUACCCACUGUGACUACAAGUUUGGAAGCAAAACACAAUUAAAAUCACAUCUGAUGAUUCACACUGAUGAUAAGCCAUUUAGUUGUAGCCACUGUGACUACAAGUGUAAACUAAAAGCAGUUUUACAGGCUCACCUAACGACUCACAUUGACGAGAAGCCAUUUAAUUGUAGGCACUGUGACUACAAGUGUAAACGAAAAACAAAUUUACAGUCUCACAUGAUGACUCACACUGACGAGAAGCCCUUUAGUUGUGGCCACUGUGACUGCAAAUUUAAAACGAAAUCGCAUUUACGGAGGCACCUGAUGACUCACGAGAAGCCUUUAAAUUGUAGCUACUGUGACUACAGGUGUAGAACAAAAGCAGAUAUAAAGUCUCACCUGAAGACCCACAUAGACGAAAAGCCAUUUAGCUGUACCCGCUGCGACUACAAGUGUAGACGAAAAGCAGAAUUACAGACUCAUCUGCGUACUCACACUAACGAGGAGCCUUUUAGUUGUAGCCACUGUGACUACAAGUGUAAACAAAAAGUACAUUUAAACUCGCACCUGAUCACUCACACUGACGAGAAGUUUUUUAGUUGCAGCCACUGUGACUUCAAGUGUAGACGAAAAUAUUGUUUGCAAAUGCACCUAAUGACCCACACAGACGAGAAACCGUUAAGUUGUAGCCACUGUGACUACAAGUGUAGACGGAAAGAUCAAUUACGGACUCAUGUAAUGACUCACACUAACAAAAAACCUUUUAGUUGUAGCCACUGUGACUACAAGUUUAAAACGAAAUCACAUUUACGGAGACACCUGAUGACUCACACAGGCGAGAAACCUUUUAAUUGUUGCUACUGUGACUACAAGUGUAGAUCAAAAACAGAUCUAAACAGUCACCUGAUAAUCCACACUGACCAAAAGCCUUUUAGCUGUACCCGCUGCGACUACAAGUGUAGACGAAAAGUAGAAUUGCAAACUCACCUGAAGACUCACACUGACGAGAAGCCAUUUAGUUGUAGCCACUGUGACUACAAGUGUAGACAAAAAUCACAUUUACAGUAUCACCUAAUGAUUCACACAGACGAAAGGCCUUUUAGUUGUAGGCACUGUGAUAAAAAGUAUAAAACAAAAUCACAUUUACGGAGGCACCUGAUGACUCACACUAACGAGGAGCCUUUGUAGCCGCUGCGACUAGUGUAGACGAAAAGCAGAAUUACAGACAGAUUCAUCUGAGUAAUCAUUCAGACGGAAAGCCUUUUAGUUCGCCGUUUAGGCGGCUUUGGAUGCGACAGAGCGUAGGGACAUCGACUUUUCGGCGAUGACCCAGGGCUUCGAUGAUGAACAUCGCCGUCGAGUCGCGUGUCUAUCAAUAUUCCAUCGGAUAUAUUCUGGGGAGUGCGCUCAAGAAGUCCACGACCUAAUCCCUCCUCCUUUCCAUCUUUGGACGUCGAGGCGGGGAGAACGAAUGCACCCGUAUGCGGUUAAUAUUCCAUUUGUCCGCACGAAACAAAUUGCCUCAUCUUUUGUGAUGCGGACUGUGGAAUGCGCUCCCACCAUCUGUGUUCCCAGAUAAAUACGACCUCGGUCUGUUUAAAGCGAGAGUGAUUAGGCUAUUACUGAAUCGGCGAGCUCCAUCUUAGACUCUGUCUUCACUUUCCAUUUAAUAUAAUCUAA